GCGAUGAACUGGUGUGCAGCUGGAGUUGUUCUGCAGAAAGCGCUGGUGCCUGUGCCGUGAGGGACGGCUGCAGCCUGGAGCGCACUGGAUUCCAGCGCUCAGCCGGAGAAGCUGCAGUCCAGCUGCAAUGGAGGCUGUCAUUGGGAUUCUCACCUGCAUUGCCUUGUGCUGGACGCUCUCUGUACCGGCCAAUGGUCUGUACGUUUCCAGAGACCAAGAUUCUCUUUUGCAGAAGAUUGAAGAAUACAGCCUUGUAACUCCGAUCAGUACAGAUGCAGAGGGGAAUUUUCUAUCACAUGCAGUCUCAAAAAGACAAAAGGCUCGGUUUCAGAGAGAUCUUGUCGAGGCCAAUAAAGAAUCUGCUGGGCAUAAAAUUUAUUAUAAUGUUACUAUUUUUGGCACAGAAUUUCAUCUAAGAUUAAAAUUGAACUCAAAACUUAUUGCACCUGGAGCAACAGUGGAAUGGGAGGACGAUUCCAAUGUGACGGAAAUAGAACCGCUACACAGAAAUUGCUUGUACAUUGGCGAUAUAACUGAUCUACCAAAUACAUCAGUUGCUAUAAGCAACUGCGAUGGACUGGCUGGUAUGAUUCGUACAGAGAAUGAUGAAUUUUUCAUUGAACCAUUGGAGAAGUAUAGAGAAGAUGGAGAUAGUGGUCGAACCCAUAUUGUCUAUCGCAGAUCGGCUAUCAAAAAAUCUAUUUCAAUUCAGAACAAUUAUACACGCCAGAGUGAACCUGGAUAUCUUAGUAGUAAUUUUCUGGAAAAUAUUGCUGACCACAUUGAAGAUCGAAUCAACCGCACACUAAAAAGAAGUCGUAGACAUGCAAGUGACGAUGAUUUCAACAUUGAAGUACUACUUGGAGUUGACGACUCAGUUGUCCAAUUUCAUGGAAAAGAAUAUGUGCAGAAAUAUCUUUUGACACUUUUAAAUAUUGUCAAUGAAAUCUACCAUGAUGAGUCACUAGGGGUGCAUAUAAAUGUUGUCCUAGUGAGGAUAAUAAUGUUAAGCCAAAGCAAAUCUUCCAGUUUAAUUGAAGUUGGAAACCCCUCGCAGAGUUUGGAAAAUGUGUGCCGCUGGGCUUAUCUUCAACAGAAACCAGAUAAAGAACAUGCUGAAUACCAUGAUCAUGCAAUAUUUCUUACAAGACAAGAGUUUGGUCCUUCUGGAAUGCAAGGUUAUGCACCAGUUACAGGAAUGUGUCACCCAGUACGUAGUUGUACACUAAACCACGAAGAUGGAUUCUCUUCAGCCUUUGUAGUAGCUCAUGAAACUGGUCAUGUGUUAGGAAUGGAACAUGAUGGCCAAGGAAAUAGGUGUGGAGAUGAAGUUAGAAUGGGCAGCAUUAUGGCUCCUCUCGUACAAGCUGCAUUUCAUCGCUUUCACUGGUCUCGAUGUAGUCAGCAAGAGCUUGGCCGAUACCUAAAUUCUUAUGAUUGCCUGCGUGAUGACCCAUUUGCACAUGACUGGCCUUCACUUCCUCAGCUGCCUGGAAUUCAUUAUUCUAUGAAUGAACAAUGCCGUUUUGACUUUGGUAUUGGUUACAUGAUGUGUACAGCUUUUCGCACAUUUGACCCCUGCAAACAACUCUGGUGCAGUCACCCUGAUAAUCCUUACUUUUGUAAAACCAAAAAAGGUCCUCCUUUGGAUGGCACAAUGUGUGCACAAGGAAAGCAUUGCUUCAAAGGUCACUGCAUUUGGUUAACUCCUGAAAUUCUUCGGCAAGAUGGAAAUUGGGGGCAAUGGAGUAAAUUUGGUUCCUGCUCUCGAACAUGCGGAACAGGUGUGAGAUAUAGAACAAGAAGCUGUGACAAUCCCCACCCAUCGAAUGGAGGUCGUUCGUGUGUAGGACCAAGCUAUGAACUGCAGCUAUGUAAUAUUGAAGAAUGUGACGAUUAUGAGGACUUUAGAGAAGAACAGUGCAGACAAUGGGACCCAUUCUUUGAAUAUCAGAAUGCUAAACAUCACUGGAUUCCAUAUGAACAUCCAGAUGAAAAGGAAAGGUGUCAUCUUUACUGUCAGUCAAAAGAAACUGGAGAUGUGGUGUAUAUGAAAAGACUAGUACAUGAUGGAACACAAUGCUCAUAUAAAGAUUCUCACAAUAUCUGUGUUCGAGGUGAAUGUCUGAAAGUCGGUUGUGACAAAGUGAUUGGGUCAACAAAAAAAGAAGACAAGUGUGGGGCAUGUGGUGGUGAUAAUUCACAUUGUAAAAUUGUCAAAGGAACAUUUACAAAAGCACCCAAGAAGCAAGGUUACAUAAGGAUACUCGAAGUUCCUGCGGGAGCGCGACAUUUGCUCAUUCAAGAAACAGAAUCAUCUACUCACCAUCUUGCUAUCCGAAAUCAGGCAACCGGAAAGCUCAUUUUAAAUGAUGACAAUGAGAGUCUACAGGAUUCAAAAAUAUUUGUAAAAAUGGGUAUUGAAUGGGAAUAUCGCAAUGAUGACAAUCGAGAAACAAUUCAGACAAUGGGGCCUUUGAGGAGUCCAAUUGUAAUUCUUGUGAUUCCUCAUGGAAGUGUUAGAAUUUCAUUGUCUUAUAAGUACAUGAUACAUGAAGAUACCUUAAAUGUAGGUAACAACUAUGUACUGGAAGAGGAUGUGGUUGAGUGGGUUUUAAAGAAAUGGACUCCUUGUUCCAAACCGUGCGGAGGAGGUAUUCAAUUUACAAAAUACGGGUGUCGGAGAAAAUCGGACCAUAAAAUGGUACAUAAGAAGUUAUGUGAAUCGAUUCCAAAAUUAAAGCCCAUUCGAAGAGCCUGCAAUCUUCAGGAAUGUUCACAACCCAUAUGGAUGACAGGAGAGUGGAUGCAAUGCUCUACAACAUGUGGAAAAACCGGUUAUCAAAGUCGCACAGUACGGUGCAUUCAGCCUCUAAGUGAGAAUACAAACAGAUCUGUGCACAGCAAAUACUGCAGUGAGAAUCGUCCAGAAACUAAAAGACCUUGCAAUCGCCAACCAUGCCCUGUUCAAUGGAGGGCAGGACCAUGGUCACAGUGUUCUGUAACUUGUGGUAAUGGAACUCAAGAAAGGCACAUUCUCUGUGGUUCAAGUGACAACAAUACAGAUAACUGUAAUACUGACAAACCAGAAACUACACGGAUUUGCAGUCUGCCUUCAUGUUCUGGAAACUCUUCUGAUCCUUUAAAGAAGAAUUACAUUGUCCAGUGGCUCUCUAGACCAGACACAGAUUAUCCAAAUCGAAAAAUAUCAACAAAAGCAAACUGUCUUGGGGAUAAAUCUGUUUUCUGUCGUUUGGAGGUGCUAUCUCGUUAUUGCUCGAAACGUGGAUACAGCAACCUGUGCUGUAACUUGUGCAAUUCAUCUCAAAAUUUUAGUGACAAUAAUGUAAGAAAUAACAGCAUUGAAAUGCUUUCAGCAGCAAAUCCAACUCUUCCAAGCGUCCCAUAUACCAUAUCACAUACUCCUGUUUACAGUACAAAGAUGUCUACUAGAAAUGUAAGUGACAAAGACACCAACAGAGUAGAUGUGCUCUACAAAACCAAUCGGCUUGACAAUGAAGUCCCCCAUCCUAAUCUCCUACCACGUAGAAGGUAUGAAAAGACAAAAAACAAAAGGAUUCAACAACUGAUUGCAGAAAAAUUCCAAGAGGCUAAAAAGAAGCUGCAUUAACACAAAGAACAUUUUCUACGAAAAUGGAGGAAUAUACUACAUGAGACCCCCAGACUGUCCAGCAUUAUACAGUUGCAGUGAAUGUUGUUGGUAAUAUUUUCAGGACAUAAAUUGGCAUUUUCUCUGUUGCUGCUCAGACAAUGUUUUUUCCAGGCUGAAUCUGGCGCUGAUUCAGCACCAAAAAACCGCUGGGUAGCCUCCUAGAAACUACCUCCCUUUGUUUUCAAUGGGAGGCUGCAAUGCAGCGGUUUAUUGCCGUGCCAAGAAAGAACACUAAAAAUAAUGGGAGGCGGUUGCCACUUGGUUGCUUUUUGUCGAGAAAUCUGCCCCAAAUUUGACCUGCAAAAAAUUGAGUCUGGACAGCUUUUUAUAAUAAUAAACCUACAGUGAUCUUCAAGAGUUUACAGAUCCCUUUGGUGCUGUUUUCUGGUCACAUUUACAACAAUGAUGUUAUUGUCACAUGUUCAUGUAUACAUGUAAAUCAUAUCUAUUACUGUAAUAUACAAUUAGAACGUUUUGCAAUACAA